CAAUGGCGCUAGAUGACAGACUAUGGACCUCGGGUUUUGAUUGAAAAGUUGGAAUCAUCUAACAAAUGCAGGGACGACUUACAAAUACAAACACAAAGUUGAAGCUGUGUGUUGAAAGAUUCGUUCCAUGAUGGCUGAGAGCUCAUUUGUCCCAAUUCUCGAAAUAAGAGACGAGUUCGUGACCUGUGAGAUUUGCCUGGAAUAUUUCAACGAUGGAGAGAAAUGUCCGCGCAUUCUCCCGUGUCACCACUCGUUUUGUUGUCAGUGUCUCAUUUCUCUCUGGGAAAACUCACAACAAGGAGUGACGUGUCCGAACUGUCGACGGAUGUGGCCUGUUCAGAAUUCUAUCGAGGCGACAUUUCAACAAAACAAGGUACUCAGUAAUUUAGUUGAAUAUAUUGCGUUGAAAAACAGAAGAGGCGAGAUAAACUGUCACGACUGUCCCAAUGAAUCCACAGCAACGUCACGCUGUAUUGACUGCCAGGAAUACAUGUGUAACGUAUGUACAUCCUGCCACAACAAAUUCACAAUGUCAAAACACCACAAGACGGUUCUCAUAACAGAACUGGUGAAUAUGGCUCAAGAUGAGUACUUCCAGCAGAAAGAGAUGUGUAUAAAUCACGAGAAUUCAAAGUUGGAGAUUUUCUGCAGGGCUUGCUCUACAGCAGUGUGUCCCACCUGUGUUCUUGUCGCCCACAGAGACCACGAGAUUUGUAAUCUGAAAGAUGUUUAUAAUGAGAAAAAGGAAUUAAUCAGAACUGGUUUGAAAGAUUUACAGACAUCAGAAGAAAACCUCAGAACAUAUUCAGAAAGAUUAACAGGAGAUGUCCAAACACUUGCUGCGACAGAACAGAAUCUUUUGAGCGACAUUGAUGAAUCGAGUAACAAAAUCAUUGCCAAAGUUAAGGAAAUAGCAACAAGGCUAAACGAAGAUGUUAUUUCAAAGGCAGCAAAACAAAAAGAUCAAAGGAGCGAGCAGAUUGAAUUGAUUGCACAGUCGGAAAGUCUGAAGGCCGAGCAUAUUCUGCAUUGCCAGCAGGCUUUGCAGUUUGCUCGGCAAGUGGAAUUCAUUGAAAUGUGUCAGGUUCUUGAACACGAAACGAAAAAUCUGGUGAAAACACCAGAACUUCCUGGACUGGAGAUAGAGGAAAUUAGGGCGAAUCUGAGGAUUUUUGAACAGAUUGAUAACCUCAUAGAAAAACCCGAGAUCGUGUGUGAACAAACAACUGAAGACAUUAAAGGACCAAUCGUUCUGUGUGACACGUCACAGUUCAGACCGUGUGUUCAGUUUUCUGAAGCCAAGACGGAACACGAAUCCAAUGCCAUCACAGUCACUUUCUUUCGAAAGAAAAAUAGCUACGGUGACGAUAAAACUAAGUUGCCUUCUUCUGUAGAAAUCAAUCAGAAUAUUGAAGGAAGCUUGGAGACUGCGGCUGCUGUUGGUGGUAGUCUCGAGUACAAAGCUGAUACCACGGGUCAUCACAGAACGUCCAUCAGUAUCAAUGGCUACCACAUGUUUCAUGACAGAUUUGAUUUCCGCAUCACGGAACAGGAUGAAGACCUGGUGAGAAAAAUACUUAUAGGAGUUGAUGGUCGGGCAGAUGAAUACAGAGAAAUAUGUUUACCGAACAUUGAAUUUAAUGACUGGAGGAGAAACAGGAAUGAUUGUGAAAUUACAUCAAGCGGUCUACUGGUCAACAUAUAUUUACACAAACCUCCAUUUAAUCCUCCAGACAGUCUACAGAUUUUUCGUGGAGUUACAGACAUACUUCCUAUAUCAGGACUUGGGUGCUGGUAUUGGCAGACGAAUGUACAUUGUAUGGUGCUGGAAAAAGCUGAAAGAAGAAAAGUGGCAGCACAAGUUGGAGUUUGUGUAGAAGGGCAUUGCGACGAUGAGACACAGAUUGCAAACAACAGACACGCGUGGUGUAUGAAGAUCGACAACGAACUCACAGAAGAUGAAACUGCUCGAAAUGACGACCACCACGACGUUCACAGUGCUGCUGCUGAUCAGCUGUGCGUUGUUGUGAUGGGAGGAACUUGUAACCAGCCAUGGCGAAAGGUCCUAGAGAGUGACGAAACUGCAGCACCAACGUUUGGUAACAAGUCCGAUCUGACUGAAAGGAAACAACAUGGCACUUCAAGAGAUCAGCUGGUUUGUCGACACUCGCCCGUGGACGCGGGUUCUUGCAACAGACCCAGAUGGUAG